AUGAAAUGGGGAAGGAAGAACAGAGACAGAACCGAAGGGGACAAGAAAACGAAGAAAGCCACUUCCCCUUUCUCGUCCUCGCCGUCGUUUCAGCUCACGGAUGUCUUCCCCUUUUCCUGGAUUUCCCGACUGAAGCGAGAGAAACAGGGCAGAGUAAACCUGAAACAAUUUCCUCCCACCUCCUCCUCCCACCUCGGUUUCUCCUCCAAACUCCUCGACCGCAUCGCCGCCAGCGAAGCCCCUCGCCGGCGUUCAACGGGAGACGACGAACGCCGCGGAGACAGAGCCGACAUUGCUCGCUCUGCCCGCCAUUAUUCUUUCAGCGAGCUCGAGCUUGAGCUCCGGCCAAUCUCAAGCUUCCGCCAUUAUGACGCUUAUCCUCCGCCGCCGACGCCGAUGAAGCGAUUGGAGGCUCGACGGCGGGUGCCGAGGAUACGGCCAAAGGUGAAGGUUUGCUCGCCGAAGGCGGCGAGGAGAAAGGUGGAAGAGGAGGGGAAGGGGAAAAGGAGGAAUCUUGAGAGCUUUGCGGUGGUGAAGAGCUCGAGUGACCCGCAGAAGGAUUUCAGGGAGUCAAUGGUGGAGAUGAUAAGGGUGAAUGGGAUGAGGCGUCCGGAGGAGAUGGAAAGAUUGCUGGCUUGUUAUAUUAGCCUCAACGCCGACGAGCAUCAUGAUUUCAUCGUCAAAGCUUUCAGGCAGGUUUGGUUUGAUCUUGCAAUAAAGAAGUUCGCCGGAGAAUGCCAUUGUCGUGACUGUUUCUGA